AACAUUUUAUAUGCAACUUGAACUCAGCACUGUUUAAUGAAAAGCAGGAGUGUACCCAGAACCAGGGUUGGUAGGCCUAUAACAAUGUAAUUAUCUGUUACCGUGGUUGAAUGAAAAAGUCAACCUAGUUUUGAAGCCAGGUGUUCACCUCAAGUCCUGCCUUUUUUUCAAAAAGGUGUGCCCGGCAGGCUGUCUCUUGUGAGUCGGUGAGACUCCAAUCUCAAGGAAGACGCCCAGUGAAUAGUUUAAAUGUAAAAAAAGACGUCUUAUUGUAUACAAUUUUUACGUUUAAAAAAAUUCAUUUUUUUUUCACCCAGUGGGGAACGAAUUGUCAACACAAUACUGCCGGUGUAUUUUGCCAGUGGAAAAUAUACACGCUGAGAAACUUCACACCUGAAAACGAAUUAAAGUUUUAAAAGAAAGCGGAGACGGAGGGGUGUCGGGUUGCUCCACAGACCUUGGUGUUAUUUUGUUGGUGUUUUUGAUGUUACGCUUCCUUUACAUAAACAACAAACACAACAGCCCCCAGUUGUCAGGAUGGCGGUCGAAUUACCGGGGUCGGUUCGGAAGUUCUGCCGAACCAGAGCGUUUUGGAUACUGGUGGCGAGUUAUAUCGGGUAUAUAACCCUGGGCUCUGUGGUUUUGAUGGCUCUGGAGAUGCCCCGGGAGACGGAGCUACGGGAGCAGUUGAGGACGCUGCGGGACACCUUUCUGGACUCGAACCAGUGCGUACAGGGCGAUGUGCUGGAGUCCUUUAUUGAAAAAGUUCUGUUCGCCAAAAAAUACGGCGUCUCGGCACUGGACGAGAGGAGUCUCGAGUCCAAUUACGAUUUCACCUCCUCCUUGUUUUUCGUCAGUGCGUUUCUCACCACCACAGGUUACGGUGAGACGGUGCCCAUCUCCGACGGAGGGAAGCUCUUCUGUAUUUUCUACUGCAUGCUGGGAGUACCCCUCACUCUGCUGAUCUUUGCCUGCUUGGUUCAGCGGCUCAUGGUGUUCGUGACGCGUAGGCCGGUGCGCUAUGUGCACACGCGCUGGGGCUACGCGGCCGGCAGGGUGGCAGUGUUGCACGCCCUCCUCUUGGGGGCGCUCAUGAUCACGUUCUUCUUCAUCAUCCCUGCUGCGAUCUACACUGCCAUGGAGGGAGACUGGAGCUUCCUGGAGUCGCUGUACUUCUGCUUCAUCUCUCUGAGCACCAUCGGGCUGGGGGACUACAUCCCCGGCAAGACCAGGAGCCAGGCUGUGCGGCAAGCCUACGAGUUUGGGACCUCCUGUUACCUGAUCCUGGGGCUCAUCGGGAUGCUGCUGGUCCUCGAGACGUUCUGGGAGCUGCCGGGGAUCCAGCGCUUUGUGAAGAUCUUCCGCAGCCCCUGGGAAACGCAGGAGGGCAAGCUAACUGUGCUGCCCAUGGAUGACAGCCUGUCUAGGGAAGAGCUUGCUGCACCAGCCCCCUGGGAGGACAAGAACCAGGGAGAGCCUUUCUAUACCCAGUCCUCUGCCAGCUACAUGCCAGACAAGCACUGAGAAGCGAGGACAGGCAGAGUCCAGUGCAGGACUGAAGCGAAAUCCUACCCCUCGGCUGAUAAAGAAAUCCAUCAUUGACCUACUGUCCUAGACAGAGACAUCAGUACAGCAGAGCAUCUAAAAAAUGUUUCCUAGUGAUCUGACAUUUCUAAUAUAUAGAGCUUCACGUUUCAGAGGCUUUACCACUUCAAGUGAUUGAAGCUAACAAAGUACUUGAAUAGAUUGUCCUGUUUCUGCAUUUCAUUCUCAAAUGCUCUGUUUUUUUUAAAUAACAUGAAACUGACACACACAAAAUUGUCACUGAAAAACUUAAAAAGCACAAAGUUUUGAAGGCUGAAAAAAAAAAAAAAAAAAAAUGGCGACACAUUGACGUCCAAAAAACAUGUCUUGAAAUAAGAAUGCUCCACAUUUGCAUGUGUUUGUGAGCUUGCCAGUGCAGAAUAAGUAUCUGUGGCUGGGAGGAUUCAUAAUGUUUCAGUGAAUCCUUGUAACUGCCUUUUGAUUUGACAAAGGCUAAUGUAGGGGGCGCUACAUUCGCCUUUGUACUGCCUGUGAUGAUGGAGGAAAAUGGGGGUCAGUCACCUCAUUGCACUUCCUGUAAAACUUUAUCUGCAAGUUUAACACUUAAUCACAAGAGCGCUAUCCCUCUAAGGAAUUACAGCCUUAAUAUAUGCAGAUGGGUGCAUAUUAUUAUUAUUAUUAUUAUUAUUAUUAUUGUUGUUAUAGAUUCUUACACAUCUGUUCUAUACAGAGCACAUGAUACAAUGCAGGGGUCCUAUUACAUGUAACACAGGAAGGAAAUGGCAGGGAAGACCUCACUAGGCAUUCAAGUCAUUGUAGCUGACACCUCUCCUGCCCCUCCAUUCGCUACACAGGUCUCAAAUGUGCAGUUUUGAAAGAAACACAUGAUAGCAAACAUGGAUUCUCAUUUAAAACAUGGCAUUGGUGCUAUGUUAAGUUAAAUGAAGUUUCAGCUUUGCCUUUUUCACAAGAAAGUAUGUUAUACUUGAACUUCCUGUGUCAUUUCACCUUCUGGAUCAUGUUAUUGGCUAAAAGCAUGCCAGUCAACAGGGGAAGCAGCUGAUUGGUUAUUGACAGGAAGGAAGCCAGUGAAGGGGAGAAUUUCACCCUCCUGGUGAACAAGGAACUCAGACACUAACUGAGAACACUGAUAUCAGACAGAGGUUUCUUUAACCAAGUGUAGUACCAGGGCACGUGUUUUAAAAUGGAAAUAAAUGUUUGCUGUAACAUGUGUUUCUUUCGAAACUACUCAUUUGAGACCUGUGUCAAAACAAGAAGAGACUUCUGGGAGUGUUAUUGUGUUAAUGAGAAGGAAAUGUGUAAUCACAAUGAGCAACACUGGAAUCAAACAGAGAACAAUACAUUUAUUUAUGUUGACAA